CACACAAGACCAAAAAUUCAAAGUCACAGAAGAAAAGUGAAGUGUUUGUGCGUUUUGUUUUGGUCAGAGUUGACCACAAACCCUUCUAAACACGAAAUGGAAGACCCAUGUUACUUUUCUAUACAACCCCACAUCUCUCCCUUUCAAAUCCUGAAUUUGCUCCUAAUCUUUGCGCCAACGAAAACCUUCUUCAUUCCCCACGUUCCCUACAACAUCCUCUGCUCUUUCCUUAUAACAUCUUUCUUCUUCACAAUUUUCAUUUUUCUAUCUGCACCCUUAUCAAAGUUUUGCUCUUUCUUCUUUUUCAUGUUCAUCUAUUUGCUAAGAUUCUUUCAGCGAUUUAACCUGCCAACAAAGGUUGCUAUAGCUAUCUAGAUAAUGUUGGAAAUUUGAUCUUUGGCAUCUACAUCUCUGUGAAAUUGGUAGCUUAGACCCAAUCUUUGGACUUGAUCAAUAACACAUUUUACAUAUUUGGAGGAAGAUGUCUGGUGAGUUGGUUCCCAAACUUAGGGUAGUUAGAUGUCCUAAAUGCCGACUACUUCUUCAAGAGCCUCCAGGAUGUGAUUUGUACAAGUGUGGUGAAUGUGGCACUACUCUUCAAGCUAAGAAACGAGCAAGUGUGGCUGUGAACUCAGAAUCCAGAAUACAAGAAACUGAUGCCGCUACUAGAAAUGCAUUGGACCAUGUUUCUGAGGGGGGGAAAUGUAAUGAUAGAAAGCUUCUGGUUCCUUCUCAGGAAGAUAGUUUGAAGGAAAAAGCAACUUCUCCUGGAGAAUGUCAAAAUGAAGAUGGUGAAUGCAAUGGGGAUCAGCUUGUACCGUUUGUUUUAUCAGAUGAAGAACAUGAAACUGAAUCAGAUAUCUAUAAUUUGUCACACAGAAGGAAUAGAGUGUCUAGCAAGGGUUGUUCAACUUCAAAUAAGAUAAUUCACUCUGAGAUUGAGGAGAUAAAUGAUGGAAACUUGGUAGAAGAAUCAAAAGAGGAUUCUGUUCGUGCUUUGGAUGAAGAUGGCAAUAAUGAUAGAUCAACUCUGAUAGGGGUAACAUCUGAAAAGGAAAUUACUGAAGGUGAUUUAGGAGUAGAAGGGUUAAAUAAUGAAAACUUGUCACUAGAAGGAGAGAAGGAGUUCAUUUCUGACUUGGAUGGUGAAGAUGUCAACAUGGACAAAUCAGCUCUAGCAGGUGCAAUCCCUGAAGUGGAAAUUACUGGAAGUGGUUCAAAAGAAGCAGAAGAUUUAAAUGGUGGAAACUCGUUACCAGAGAGAGCAGAAGAGGAGUUAAGUUCUGCAUUGAAGGGAGAAGAUGCCAAAAAUGACAAAUCAGCUCCAUUUGGUGAAAAGCAUGAAAGGUCACCCGAGAGAGGCCUAUGGGGCAUUACAAGAGAAAAAUCAGCCCCAUUUGGUGAAAACCAUGAAGUUGAGAUCACUGAAAGCAAUAUAGAAGAAGAGUUAAAUGAUGGAAAAUUGUCAUCAGAGGGAGCUGAAAAUGUACCAGAUGAAGGAGAUUCCAACAAUGAUCAAGCAGCUUUAGAGGGUGCAAAACCUGAAGUGCACACCACAGAAAGAACUUCUACAACUGAAAGACCAAGUAGGGUGAAGGGAAACAUUUUACAUGUUAGUCCUGAUAAACUUGAAGAAGGUACACCUGCAAAUCCUGUAUCUUCUCAUAAACAACAGAAGGAAGCUCAGCAAAAUAUUCACCAUAGCUUUGACCGUGUAAGGUCUGUGGAUACAACAGUUACCACAAAAUUAAUUGAUCCCAGUUCAGAGCUUAGUGGUGUUCCUGGAAAAUUGUCUAAAUCUCCAACCAAUAGAAGUUCUUAUGCUUAUGAUGGCAGCCUCUCUUCUUAUGAUGGAGUGGAUGAGCGGUUCCCUGUCCAACAUUCACAUUCUUUUGACAACACUAGCAUCAUUGCUAAUGGUGUUUCUGGGGGAAGGACCAGAAAGGGAAAAGGCCUUGACACACAACAUCAAUCAAAUUUGCCUAAUGCAAAGCACCAUGCCACAAAAGACAGCAGGGGGAAUCAACACAAAGUGGUGGAGACUACUAGAAAUGGUCAUCGACAUUGGAUGAGAACAAAGAGAGAUGAGUUUCCACCCAAAGCACCUUUCCAUCGAAGUGGUUCCCAUUCUUACUAUGAAAGGGGCAGCUCAUCAAAUCAAAUGCAUGAUGAGCUCUACCGCAGCUCAAGCCUUUUUUCACAUGAAUCCUCCGAGGACACUGGCCAAGAGGAGAUGCAACUGGUGAGCUUGAUUCGUAACUUGCAGGAUCGACUCAACAGGACUCGUUACAUGAGUGGAGAAGCAAAUGGAAGACAGUCCAAGGGUGUCUCUUACAAUGUGAAUCAUAUUUCUUCAUAUCAUAGUCGUGACUUUCAUGAUGGUAGAAGGUUUUCUCAUGGCUUGGAUUACCCUUCGUGUAAUGGAAGAUGUGGUCAUGGAGUCAACUGGCGCCAAAGGCAUAAUAAAUUCUCACGAAUACCUUAUUCAGCAGAGGUAACAAGCAAUGCACACCAUGUUGAUCAUUCUUGUUACCAUUGUUGUUCCCAGGAGAGGCAUUUUUCAGCAGAUAUGUCACCACGUGUUCUUUUCCCGCAUGAAGAGCUACAUAGGUCCUGUCUAGGCCAAGACUGUUGCUCUUUUUCUCCUCACUCUUAUCCUUCAAGUCCACAAAUGUUCACACCCUCUAAACUUCCACCAAUAUAUGGCCGUGAAACAAAAAUUGAUGAUCUGAGACAUAGGGCUCCCGAGUUAAGGAAAUAUUUGCGGGAGAAAAUGAACUUAGCGGCUAAGAGACAUCACAGGCCAGUAGCAGGUGGAGCUCCUUUUGUCACUUGUUGUAAAUGCUUCAACCUGUUGCAGCUACCGGCAGAUUUUCUCCUUUUCAAAAGGACAUGUCAUCAGCUAAAAUGUGGUGAAUGUUCAGAGGUGCUCAAGUUUUCAGUCCAUGGAAGUCAUAUAAUUUCUUUCUUACCGGAUAAUGCUAUAGGAAGUGACCUCAAUAAUCAAAGUGAGGUGAUUAGUAGCAGCAAUCUACCUUCAACAUCUCAUGCCAACUAUUACCAUUAUUCACCUGCUGAGGCCAUCUCAUAUUAUGAUGAUUAUGGACUUUCAAUCUCUAAAAGCUACUCCUCAGAAGGAGAGCCUGUUUCUCUGGCACAUUCUCAUCACUUGCAUGGCAAUGAAUAUGAUAAUCCAAGUGUCUCUCGUGGUAUAUUUGAGCCUUCAACUGAGAAGGAGAACAUUGCUCCAAGAUAUUAUAGUUCAAGGAAGGGUCUAGUGGAGACAGAUGGAUCAGCUAUCUUUUCCUCCAAUAUGUCUGGGUCCAGGAAACUGGCAUCAGAAAUAGAGGCAAGGCCACCACCAAAAAGUUCAUCACUUCAUAUACUUAUGGGUUAUUCUUCACCAAGUCAAGUGAUAAGAGGGACUCGGCCUUAUGUUGAAGAUAAUUAAGGAGCACAUACUCAAUUCAGAAAAUGAUUUGAGUCAAGAGAACUAAAAUGUUUGUUGAAUCUAAACUGAAGCCGGAAAGAUCAACGGGGGAGUUCUCUGUCAGAAUUUAAUAUGUAAUGUUAAAGCAUCCACAUGAUGGCUUGAUGUGAUUUUCUUUCUUAGUUUCUUCUGGAAUGUUUCUUUCUUGAAUUAGGUAGUAGGAGUAUCAGAAGCAAUUUAGCACAAUUAUUUAAUUUUUGUUCAUACCAUUUCUGUAACAGAUAUUUUGGUGUAUAAUUGUUGUAAAAUUAUGACUUUUGUGUAUAAAGUGUUUGAUGUGGG